GCCACUGUUCACCUCCCCAGUGCUGAUCUUCACCGAGGGCGCCCUGACCUGAGGCGGAGAGGCGCCGGCGCCCCAGAAACCCCCGGAAAGGACGCAGAGCGGUACAGGGCCGAGCCGGCUAUGCCUCUCGCUGCUGCCGUGCCCGCGGGCGACCGCGCUCCCGCAACCUCGAGGGCUCAGCGGGGCCCCGGGGAGGCUGCACUCUGAGGCGCCGGGGCCUAGCGCCCGCCGCGACCUCGCAGGAAGGCCGCAGCCCCGAGCUCGCCCGGCUCCCUCGCGCUCUUCGGCCCCUCCUCGGCUCGCUUCCUCCGCCACCGGCCGCCAUGGCCUCUGCCACCCGGGAGAGCACGGGUUCGGGGCGCAAGCGGCCUCCGCGGCACCCGGCACUGCACGGACUGCUGCUGCUGUGCUUGUGGCUGCCCAGCGGCCGCGCGGCAGCAUCGCCCUCCGCGCCGCUCUCCGAGCUGCAUGCGCAGCUCUCGGGAGUGGAGCAGCUGCUGGAGGAGUUCCGCCGGCAGCUGCAGCAAGAACGACCGCAGGAGGAGCUGGAGCUGGAGCUGCGCGCGGGCGGCGGCCCCCAGGAAGGCUGCCCGGGCCCGGGCGGCGGCGGCUACAGUGCCAUGCCCGACGCCAUCAUCCGCACCAAGGACUCCAUCGCUGCCGGCGCCAGCUUUCUGAGGGCGCCGGCGGCCGUGCGGGACUGGCGUCAGUGCCUGGCCGCCUGCUGCCUCGAGCCGCGCUGUUCCGUGGCGGUGGUGGAGCUGUCCCGGCGGCCCGCGUCCCCGGCCGCCGCGCUCGGCUGCUACCUCUUCAACUGCACGGCGCGCGGCCGAAACGUCUGCAAGUUCGCGCUGCACCGCGGCUACAGCAGUUACAGCCUCAGCCGCGGCUCAGAGGAUGAGCAGGAAGGCCUGGAAGCUGGCGCCCCGGCCACCGCCCGGGCUUCCGCUCGGCUGGAAAAGGAUGAGCCUCCACUUAGCAAGGCUGGGCAGGAUGUGGUUUUGCAUCUGCCCACAGACGGGGUGAUUCUAGAUGGCCGUGAGAGCACAGAUGACCAUGCCAUCGUCCAGUACGAGUGGACACUGCUGCAGGGUGACCCGUCAGUGGACAUGAAGGUGCCUCAGUCAGGAACCCUGAAGCUGUCCCACCUACAGGAAGGGACAUACACCUUUCAGCUGACGGUCAUGGACACUGCCGGGCAGAGGAGCUCCGACAACGUCUCGGUGACAGUGCUCCCCCAGGCCUUCUCCACAGGAGGAUGCUCAAAAGUUUGCUCACGAUACCACUUCUUCUGUGAUGACGGCUGUUGCAUUGACAUCACGCUGGCUUGCGAUGGAGUGGAGCAGUGUCCUGACGGGUCUGACGAAGUUUUCUGUCAAAAUCUGAAACUUGACCGCAAAAUGGUGACCCACACGGCGACUGCACAGCCUAGAACCACAGAACCGAGCCAAGAUUCAGGUGGGGGCUCCUUGUUGGAAAAGUCCCAGAAAGCCACUGCCCCCCAACAGCCACCUGUGCUAUCAACCACGGAGAAGAGAAAUCAUUCCGCCUUUCGGGGACCAGAGAGUCACAUUGUUCCUGGGUUGCCAGAGAGUGGAGCCUCAGGGAAGACCAGAAAAGAGGAAAAUUAUAUUUUUGAGUCAAAGAGCAAUCGAGGAGGAGAGGAGCACCCAGCCCCAGAAGCAGGUGCAGUGCUACCCCUGGCCCUGGGUUUGGCAAUCACAGCUUUGCUGCUUCUCAUGGUUGCUUGUCGACUACGACUGGUGAAACAGAAACUUAAAAAAGCUCGUCCCAUUACAUCUGAGGAAUCUGACUACCUCAUAAAUGGGAUGUAUCUAUAAUAAGUGUAGUUUAAAUAGCUGAAGGCAAGGACAUGUGUCACUUAUAAUUUAUACAUAUAUUGGGUUCUGGUAUUUACAACUUCUGUUUUUAACUGGGCUAAGAAAACUACUGAAAACCCUAAAGAUUCUGAGAAUUUCCUAAACCCUUGUUUUUGUUUAUUGACCUUCCUUGGGAAGUUAUGUGAAGUAUUUUGAUACCUAGAGAGGAGUUCAUAUGAUUAAAGACUUUUACAAAUUAAUUCUGAUUUAUGUAAGCUGUCCCUAAAAAUAGAAAUCUGUAAUCAGCCAAGGCAGAAAACUCAAGGGUCUCAAGAGAUGGCCUGCGAAUGGCAGUGUUAACUCCUUACUUUCUAGAAGCCAGCCACAGGCCCCCGCCACCCUGGGCCACUUUAUGCACCGCGUCCCUUGUCUGGUGGCCCUCCUGUCCCUCACUUUAAGCUUCCAGUGCCCUCUUUUCUUCUCUUUCCUUUAAAACCUGUUUCUGAGGACAGAUCUCAAGUGAGUUGGUAACCUUCAAUGAGAUGUUAUGGAUAACACGGCAGGAAUAUCUAACUUAUAACCGUAAUGAACAGGUCAGUGAGGCCACAGAGGAGGAGAAUGUGGAUUCUUUCCAGCGCCUCUGACGUCAUGCCACAUGGGUGGCUGCUUCUUUCGGCUUAACUCUGGGGGGAAAACUCAAGACUUUGGAUUACAAAUAGCCCUAACACGCUUAGGAAGUAAAACAGGAAAUCAAGGUGGAUGCAGAGAACCGUGGCAGGUCAAAAAUUUUAAGAGAAACUUAGCUGAGGGCAAAAUGAGCAAGGAGGAUGGUUAGUUCUUACGUCUGCUCAACACUGCUUGAUGGACCAGAACAUGGCAACUCAUUUAUGUAGUCACUGGUUUUCAACAUUACUACGUGUUGAUGUAAGAAAAAAACUGCGUUCAAAUUGAAAAGCGCAACGUCAAAUGGAUUUCUGGGUACAGCUUUUGUAAAAAAUCACAUGUUUAAGUAUCAGCAGUUCUUCUGUCCAGUUGAGUGAGCCAGUUUUUUCAUUAUUUAUUUAAUGCUCUAAAACAUGAUAAUGUGCAGACAGCUAAUGCCAGGCUUAUGUAUUCCCAGAGCAUAAAGGAGUUUGGCACAAAUUCAUCUUUACAGAAAACCAGCAUCUAGCUUAGCAUCUUUCAAUCUGUAGGGUUUUAACAGCAUAUUAUUUCCAUCAUUGUUUAAUGCUGAGAUUGUACACAUUCUAGAGAUUACUCUACUGAGAGGAACAUAUAGGUGAUGUUCCUAUUUACAUAAUAUUUUUUUUACAAAUGACAAAUCUUUUAAAAUACUUGAAACCCCUCUAGAACACUUUAUUUUUAGACUGAACCUAAUGUAGGUUGUUUCUUUAGUAAAGGACUUAAUUUGGGUCAGAGAUAAACAUUAACAAAUGGAUGGCUAGUUCUAGGGAAACAAAUUUGUUAUUUUUAUUUCCUGAGAAACUCAAGCAUUUUGUUGAAUUUUAGAACUGAGCAAAGGAAUUUAGAGAAACAACUGUGUGAAUGAACUUAAGAUGUUUGUCCUCUACAUGUGAUGCUGUGCAGUUUGUUUUUAUAUAGAAGGAUGUCACCUAUAGCCAUAUCCAAUACAGUAAAAACUAAUGAGGCAUGCAUCUUUUAUACAUGAAGAAAUUAAACACAAUUUAGCAUUGCUAUGGUGUUAAAAUACUUGAUAAAAGAUACCCCAUAUCUAUGUGUAUAAUUUUCCUUUAAUAAAGUGUAUUAUAUUCUUAA